GUCUAUGUGUUGACUGUUGACAAACAUGAAACAAUUUGUUUUGUGCGUAUUUAUAUUUUUUAAUGUCCUGGAAAUGAAAAAUCGUUUCAAAGUAAAUUUUUCGAUUGUAUUUUGCUAAAAAUUGUUAAACGUAAAAGUUUACUUUGCAACUGUAUAUACGUACGCGAUAAAAUGACUUCAACUGACACAAAUUUUCGUAAGAGCAAGCACUCCAUACCAAUUGAUAUAUUAGAUGAUCUUUGCAGCCGUUUCAUAAUCAACCUACCUCCGGAAGACAGAGGAAACCUAGUGAGGAUUUGCUUCCAGAUAGAACUGGCGCACUGGUUCUACCUGGACUACUAUUGCACUGACGACUCAACCAAACUCAACCCCUGCGGCAUUAGGGAGUUUGCUGCACAUAUCUUUCAGCAUGUACCACAGCUUCGUGAGCACAUAAGGAACCUGGAUGAAGUUCUUGACAACUGGCGCGAGUACAAACAAACUGUACCAACUUACGGCGCAAUCUUACUUGACACUGACUUGACUCAUGUGCUACUGGUGCAGUCCUACUGGACAAAAGCUUCUUGGGGCUUCCCCAAGGGUAAGGUUAAUGAAGAUGAAGAGCCUUGGAAGUGCGCUGCUAGAGAAGUACUUGAAGAAACUGGUUUUGACAUCACCGGCCUAAUAAACAAACAAGACUAUAUCGAAGCGAUGAUCCAUGACCAAAUUGUUCGCCUUUACAUAAUCGGCUACAUAUCGCGCGACACGAAAUUCCAGCCGAGAACUAGGAAUGAAAUAAAAGCUUGCGAGUGGUUCCCGAUCGCUGACCUACCUGCCAAUAGAAAAGACAUGACACCAAAAGUUAAAAUGGGGGUAAGUCCCAACGCGUUCUUCAUGGUGUUGCCAUUCGUCAAAAGAAUGCGUCGUUGGGUUUCUGAACGUAAACAGAAAGUUUUUAGACGUACGCGACACAAGUCGAUGGGCGAAAUUGAGUCGUGCAAUGGCAAGAACAAACCAAUUUCUCAAGGAUUGCAAAAUGAAAUAAAAGAGUACCAACAGAAUUCCGAACAUAAAUACAAAAAUAAUCAUGGCGGCCACUCCAAUACGAAGAAUGGCAACACCGCGAAUGGGAACAGAAAGGGCGGGAAAAUGGCAAAACGUCAACUGUUUACGCCACAGAAUAUGCAUUCUAACAAUUUUUCGCCUGUCAACAAAGAUAACAGUCCUACAAACGAUACUGAGGAAAAUUCCUACGUUAUGAACUUUGUGGCGCCAUCUUGGGCGAAUUUCAGAUUUGACAGACGCGCCAUCUUGGAAUGUCUGACUUGAAAUGAAAUAUUGUUGUAAUUUAGGAUUGAUCUCAAGUAGGCUCUGCACAACCAUACACUUGUUAACACCCUCAUGCAGCACAGCAUCUACAAUUGUUACUUUCUUUCAUAUAAUUAAUAAAUUAAUGUAGUUAACAAUAGUUGUUUAAUGUUUUAUUUAACUAGGAUAGUACAGUUAAACCAAAAACCAGUACCAGUCAAGAGUCAAUAUGACAACUAAAACUGAUGUAUUCUAUCACUCUAUGGUACCAAUAUCUUCAUACUAUUCCAGUUAAAUACAAUACUAUUAUGGGCCUUUCUUUAAAAUUUGUUUGUAUGCAGUGUAAUUCCUAAUUAUUGAUAGUCCAGUAGUGCUAUUCUGUGAUGAAGAUUUUAUAACUCGACAAUGUGAGCUUCGAAUUCGUCUCUGUUUCUCUCUAUCUACAGUAUUAUGACAGACAGAGAGAGAUAGAGACAAUUUCGAAACACUAUAAAAAUAUUGUUAUAAAAUAUUCCACAGGUGGAAUCAUUAUAGAAAUUAAAAGAUCAAUCACAUUUAUCUCUUUAUUGGUAUAAAAGUGUAUUGGGUUGUGCAGCAUUUUAAAAGCACUUGUAUUAUUUGAAUACAUUGAUAUAUAAAUUCGAUAUCGAAAAUAAAUAUUUUUACG